UGUUUACCAAAUAAGUGGACGGUUAUUAUACAGUUAUAAUAAUGUAGUUCAAUCGUUUCUAAAUUUAGAGUAUGAGAUGCCUCCACCGCUUUUCGUAUUUUGUUUACCGGGAUUCGCUAUUAUUUUUCUCAUUCAAGUUCUGAUCUGCGAAGCUUAUCAUUUUCAUGUGACAAUAUCCCACAAGAAAAGGAAAACCGGCAAUCCCGAUAAGGAUAAAAAUCAAGGCGGCAAAUCAGAAAGAGGUCCAAGAGGUAACAAAGACCGACGUCGACUCAGUAAGGAUCAUCAAUCUAAGGGCGAUCAGGAAGAAAAAGGUUCAAAAGAUAACAAAGAGCAAGGUCGACCUAAUAAAGAUCAUCAGUCUAAAGGCGGUCAGGAAGAAAAGAACUCAAGAGAUACCAAGAAUUUUGAUAACGACAAUCCGACCCCAGAAGACGAAGCUAAACUUCAACCCGCUAACGGAAAAACCAUGAGGUCUACCCAAGACAAUGGUAAUGCCGAAAAGUCCCCAGAAAAGCCCAAAAAUCGCCCCCAUGUCGAUUUUGACGUCCCUGAACAGAAUAUGGGGGAUGAAAAUAAAGAUCAAUCUCCAAAGGAGGAUCGCCAGAAGGGAAGGAGAAAAUCCGUAUUUGCUGAGAGCUACGAUCCUUCCAAGGAUGACGAAGACUUAGGAAAGGUGGUCCACCCAAAAACGCCCGAAGAAAAAGAAUGGCUUAUAGAGAACGUGAGAAACAUAACUCUCUUUGAACAUCUAGCUAACGACCAAACCACCACUGUGGUAGAUGCGAUGUAUAAACGCCCAGUUUCCGAGGGAGACUUCGUCAUGAAACAAGGAGACAAAGGAAGCACAUUCUAUAUAGUACAAACAGGUAUAUUCGACGUGUACGUGAAGGAUGCGGAGAAUGUGGAGAGCUUGAUACACACUUACGACAAUAAGGGGAGUUUCGGCGAACUGGCCCUGCUGUACAACCAGCCCAGAGCCGCCACCAUCGUCGCCCGUACUGACGGUCAGCUCUGGGCGGUGGACGGUCACACCUUCCGCCGCAUCGUCCACAAGAUCACGUACCAGAAGCGGAUCAUGUACGAGAGUCUCAUCAACAACGUGCCGAUGCUCAAGACCUUAGAGCCGUAUGAAAGAGCGAAUCUCGUGGAUGCACUCAUACCGAUGACGUUCAAGCACAACGAUGAGAUCAUCAAACAAGGAACUGAAGGGGACGGAAUGUAUUUCAUCAUCUCAGGGGGCGUCAGAAUCAUGAUGAGAACCAUCAAUAACAGGGACAUACUUUUGAAAGAAUUGAGUAACAGUGAAUACUUCGGUGAGUUGGCUCUAGUAACGGACAAACCGAGAGCUGCUUCCGCAUUCGCUAUCGGCGACACACACUUAGCCUUUUUGGAUCGUGAAGCGUUUGAACGUUUAUUGGGGCCGUGUAUGGAUGUAAUAAAGAGACACAUCGACAACUACAACGAACAGCUGUUGGAGAUUGAAAGAGCUCAAGAACAAUAACUACAUUGACAUAUUUUUAUAUCUCAAAUGUACAUGUCAGUAAAUUAUUAGAAAGAAUAUGAAUUUUAAAUAAUAAUGUUGCAUAAUAAAUCCAAACCAAA